AUGACAGGCGCUCAGCUGGUGAAUAAGCCCCGCCUUUGAUAUUUUUACACGCAAACCCCGGAAACACUGUUGCUUAAAGGGACAGAGGAGAAAUGUGAGGCAAAGGUUGAAACAACGAAAACAGCUGGGAGCACACAUACAAAAAAGAGUGGCACAGAGAGGAAGGGAGGUAGCUCUGUCAGCUAACAAACUAUGUGAAAAGAUAGAGUGAGAGGACGAGACUAAAACUGUACGAAUAUUUUACCUAUUAGAUAUACGGUAGAUGCGGCUAACGUCUCUUAGCUUCGGUGUCGAUUUUCGGCCCAUAUCAUCAGCUACCUGGAAACCGACAACGCAGCAGUUAAUACGGCAGACAAAUAACAGAAAGGCCAAACUGCUAGACUACAGGGACGCGUCACUUCAGACUGCCUGUUAGAUCAUCUGAGGCUGUAUUUUUUUGUGAGGAGGAAGGAAGCAAAGAGAGACAAGAAACCGGGGAGUUAAUAGCGAGAAGGCAGCCUGACCCAGUGGAAACAGAAAUAUACAAGAGAACAGAGAGAAGAUACAGAGUCACCCCUCAAGACCACCAGAUGAAAUAGAGGAAGGAAGGAGAAAGACAGAGUGAGACAGAGAGAUAAUCGUUCUGCAAGGAAAUACUGGGUGGAAUGACCCUGCCAUGAUGCCUCAGCCAUGCCGCACCUCACGCCUAGGUUACCAAGGAGGGCGUGUCUGGCUUUCAGCCAAUUGCAAAGGAAAGCCCAUUAGAGUUACCAACAACUUUGAGACAUUUCUUCUCAAGAGCCUCCUGCGUCACUGACACUCUGCACCUCUGGUCUUGGCUCUUGUGCCUACCUCCUUCACUCCUAUUUGUUCUGGAGUCCUUGGUGGUUUCCUGUUCACAUGUUCUGGGAUGUUGGCUUUGUUUUGUGACAACUGCCUUGGAGUUAGUCGGGUUCCUUUAGCAUGCCGUUAGAAACAGCUUUCCGAUGUUGUGCCAGAUACAGUUUGUCCACACGGGCAGAAUUGGACAAGGACGGGCGCAGAGUUGCUGUGAGGCCAGGCUUCCUGAUUCAAAGUGUUUGACAUCACAGCAAGAAGUGUAGGACUUACCGCUCCUGUGGAUCAUCUUGCUCUUGCACUUGCGAGCAUCUACUUGACCCUGUUGCACAAAAGUUAGUUUAAACUCUUAUCCUUCAGCCGUGGAAACAUGCGGCACAUUCACGUCGAGCUAGCCCACAAAAAGGCUCCACUAGAUCUUCCGGCACAGGAGGGGGACCUGCCUCCCUCCUCAACACAGGGCCUAGAUCCUGGUGUCAGACCAGGGGCGCCCAGGCACCUUGAUCAGGAGGAGCUGCGGCUCCAAAAGGUCUACCAGCUCUCCAUUUUCUCCCAGUUGGGGGGAUUUACUACCUCCACAGAAUCUCACACUGAUGCCCAACAGAGGCCUGUCCGGUCAAGUGUGAAAAGGGGAUUAGAGGAGCCUCAGUUAACUCAUAAGCGCCCCCACCUGGGGGACUCCUCUGACAGGGAGGCACUAGAAGGAGGGAUGCUGUGUGGGCCAGCCACAGGUCAAGGUGCAGCAAUGGGGUUAGCAGGUGGGCCUAGUGGACCUGGUUCUCUGUACUCUUGCAUACAGAUGGAUCAUAGAGACCCAGAGGGGGGAUUGCUACCCAGGUCCCCACCCCUUUCCCCAAGCCACAACCCUUCUCGACGCCCAGCUCAGCACAAUCAAGAUAGGCCCAUUCCUGAUGUAUUUGCUCCACUUUCACCUAAGUCACCCCCAAUGUGUGACCCACACGGGCAUCUGUGUGACCAGGGUCAUUCCCUCGGAAGCUCAGCCAGGACAGAGACACCUAAUGGUAGUCGCACACCAACCCACUCACUAGGUAGCGCUGGAAAUGACAGCUGUAGUAAUGGGUCAUCUGGAGGCCAGCCCAGCCCCCACUUAUAUGAAAUGUCCACAUAUGAAACUCCUAACCCAGCCAGCCCAACCAGUCCCCCAGGUCCUUUUUCUCCCCCACACCACACGGAGCUACAGGAACCAGGAGAGGCAACUGAAUGGGAAGUUGGACUUGAAUCCUCCCCACCUGAGCGAAGUGCCACCCAGGCUGCCACCUCAUCUAACGGUCUAACUUCCUGUGAGAAAACUCCUAGCACUAAUGGCCACCGUCUGUUCUCUGGAGGCCACUGGCCUGCCAAAAAGAGGCUGCUGUCUCCAAGUGACACAGGGGAGUCAUGUUCAGAAGAUGAGGGACCCUCCACAUCUAAGAGAAGCAGGCUUUCGUUGCUUGCUCCAGGACUUGGGCCAGCUUCGUGUCGUAGCACUGAUGCUAAAGCUGCCCCUUAUUGGAACCACCUGCUGCCCUCUGCUUGGGACCGGCCUAAGACUGCCACAGACUGCACGAGAUCAGGAAGACGACUAAAGAACGGACUGCGGUUGAAAAGUCGGCAGCUGCGCAGCGGCAGGCACACAGACACCGGCCGUUCCACACGUUCCAGUGGGCCCGCAUCUUCCAUCAGCAGAUCACUGCUCGGCAACUUUGAGGAGUCCAUACUGAAGGGGCGAUUCUCCCCCUCAGGCCGCAUCGAAGGCUUCACAGCAGAGAUCGGUGCCAGUGGCUCCUACUGCCCACAGCACGUCACCCUGCCCGUGCAGGUUACAUACUACGACAUCUCAGAGCAUAGCGCACCCUCGCCCUUCCUGGGUGUGAUAUCCCUUGAACCUCUUGGAAAGAAAGGAUACAGCAUACCCAAAGGAGGGACCAUUCAAGUGACCUUAUUUAAUCCCAACAAAACUGUGGUGAAGAUGUUCCUGGUGACCUACAACUUUGGAGACAUGCCCGUCAAUCACAUGACGUUCCUGCGCCACCGCAUCUUCCUGGUGCCAGUCGAGGAGGGCGUUGAGGGGAAAGGCGAGGCGUCUCCAGGAAGUGGAAUGCUAGAUAGGAAGAAGAUUCUCUGCUACCUUAUACAUCUCAGAUUCCAGAGCUCCAAAUCUGGAAAGAUAUACUUGCACAACGAUAUCCGGCUGCUAUUCUCCCGCAAAUCCAUCGAAGUGGACACAGGGAUCCCAUACGAGCUGAAAUCUUUCACCGAGGUGCCAAGAAACCCAAAAUACUCCCCCCGCGUGUGAUCCCGGCUUGACCUUUUGAAGUUCCUAAUGCCGACGCGACCCCUCCUGUGCUUCCUAAAGAGGAGAGGGGAAACAGACUUCUAGAAUAUUGAACAUACGAUUUCAAAAGAUUCACGAGAAAUGCCACAAGCACACAAGACACAUGUGCACAUAUGUUACAGAGUUGGUGACUGGAAAAGUCCUCCUUUUUAUGCAUUUAUUCUCUAUGUGCAGAUUAAAAAUCUCACAGAAACAAAUGUGGGGUUUUUUGUUUUUUUUUUGCACCUUCAGUCACUGAAAAGAUUUAAACUUUAGAAAUAUUAGUGUCAAGGCAGUCUAACACGGAUGCUGUUAAAAGCAGGACUUUUCCAGGACUUUAAUCUGUACAAAGAAGAAGAAAAAAAAUGCACAAACACUGACGCACACAUAAACACGCACCAAAACAGACUGACUGGACUCGUGCCCGUGGCAUGAUACAAGCGUAACAGCAGAAACAUUUCUGGUGGCGACUCUCUGAGUUCAGUGUUAACAUGCAUGCCUUGUGACUUCAACACCCGAAUUUUCCUCUAGUGCCGCAUCACACUGUCCUUCACUCUGCCUGCAGCUCCAACUGCCUCAUUGAACCAAUAAUUGUAACUGCGAUUUUAAAAAAAGAAAAGCCGCAAAUCAUAGGGGCGUCCCUGAUCGUGG